CAGCCGUCGACGCGUCGGAUCGUGUGUGUCACUUCGGGAGGCACCACGGUCCCACUGGAGCGCAACACGGUGCGCUUCAUCGACAACUUCUCCACUGGCAACCGCGGGGCUGCUCUCGCCGAGCGCUUUCUCGCCGAGGGCUAUGCUGUCAUCUUUGUGCACCGCGCCGGCUCCGCCUUCCCGUUCGCCCGCCGCCUGCUGCCACCGGCCGUCUCGCCCGAGGAGUGGCUCCGCAGCCUCGGCGACGCCGCCGCGACUGCCGAGCGCGAGCGCGCCACCGCGACAUUUUCGGCGUGUGCUCCGCGCCUCCUCGCACUGCCCUUCACGGCGGUGAGCGAGUAUCUGGCGCUGCUGCGCGAGGCGAGCUGCGCGCUCGCGCCCGCUGGUGCUCGCGCCAUGGUCUGCCUCGCCGCGGCUGUCAGCGACUUUUACGUGCCGGACGACGCGCUGCCGGAGCACAAGAUCCAGUCGGCAGCCGGCGGCGGCGACACGGCGGCGGACGGCAGCCUGACGCUGCAGCUGCAGCCGGUGCCAAAGAUGCUUGGCGCGAUCAAGGGGCUCGGAGGCGGCGGCGGCGCGGCCUGGGCGCCGCGCGCCUUCGUCGUAAGCUUCAAGCUUGAGACGGACAGCGCGAUCCUCCUCUCCAAGGCGGCGGGCGCGAUUGCAAAGUACGGCGUCGACCUCGUGUGCGCCAACCUGCUGCAGACGUACAAGCGGGAGGUGACGGUGGUCACC